AUGGCCCCAAAAGACAGCAAGAAAGCCACGAAGCCCAGCUCUAAGGCUGGCGCUGCCUCCAAGGCCGUUCUCAAGGGGGCUCACUCGCACAAAGUCCGCAAGAUCAGGACAUCGACCACCUUCCACCGACCAAAGACCCUCCAGCUCUCGCGAUCUCCCAAAUACCCCCGCAAGUCGAUUCCUCAUGUGCCCCGUCUCGACCACCACAAGGUCAUCGUUCACCCGCUGAACACCGAGUCCGCCAUGAAGAAGAUCGAGGAGAACAACACCCUGGUCUUCAUCGCCGACGUCAAGGCCAACAAGAGACAGAUCAAGCUCGCCCUCAAGAAGCUCUACGACAUAGAAACCGUCAAGCUCAACACUCUCAUCAGACCGGAUGGAUCGAAGAAGGUGUUCGCCAGACUAACGCCAGACAUCGAUGCGCUGGACAUCGCCGCCACCAAGCUCGGGAUUGUUUAA